AUGAGUCAUAUCCGAAGACAGUCCGACACCUCCUUGUCCCCCGCCACAUCCUCCUCGUCUCACCUGCGGCCUGAGAAGCGGCCCGGCGAAGACGACCCUCAUGCUCACGAUGCGACCGCCAAGGUAGCCAAGAGAGCCCAGGUCUCCCGCGCCUGUCAACGCUGUCGGAACCUGCGCCGCGCGUGCAGUGACUACCGCCCGUGCAAGCGCUGCUCCGACCAUGGCCUCGCCGACCAAUGCCUCGGCAUGCCGGGUCCCGUCCAGAUCACCUGGGCCCAAGGACACAUCGCCGGCGCCGCCGCGGCGACGAGCCCCCAGGCCUACGUCCUGCCGCCGGCGCAGGAUUCGGUCCAGCGGCUGGCCCACCUGCUGCCGGUGACCGUCGUCAACUACUGCGCGCGGCGCUUCUUCGCCCGCUUGUACCCCACCAUCCCCAUCGUGACGGCCGAGUACAUUGGUCGCCUCAAGGCCGCCGCCGCCAGCUCGACGCCGUCCGAGGUCGCCAUGGAGGCCCAGCUCGUCCUCGCCGCCAUGAGCGCGCUGAUCCUGCUCCAGGUCGAGGAGCCCGAGAGCCUGUUCAACGAGGGCCUCAUCGCGGAGAAGAACUCGGCCUACGGCGAGCGCCUCUUUGACGAGGCCAUCCUGGCGCACCGCCACUUCGCCCGCAAGUCGAAUCCUUCGCUCGCGCUCUGCCUCCUGACCUUUCUCCUCUACGCCUGCCACGCCGCGCUGCUCCACCACAGCCAAGCCUUCCUCUUCCUGCGCGAGGCCAACACGCUGUGGCUGCUGCUGCGGCCGCGCGACGACGACGCCGAGGUGCGCGCCCUCGCCGACCGCCUCUUCUGGGUGCUCCUCAUCUCGGAACGCUCGCACGCCGUGCGCUACCGCCGGCCCGUGACGCUGCAGAUCACGCCCGAGACGCCGAGCCCGGGCCCCGACGACGACGACCCGUCCCUUCGUCGGCUUCUGGUGCCUCGCCGCCCUCUUCCGGGCCCCUCGACAACGUCCUUCGUCGCGCUCCUCAACAAGGAGCAGGUGGCGGCGCCGCCGUCGCCCGGCGGCGCUCCAACCACGUCGAAGCUCGCCGUCAACGCCGCCUUCCGGCGACGCUGCGCUUGCAAGAAAACGCAAAAGGCAAACCUCGGCGCCACCCAGCUCUGGCGGCCCCAGCUCCACUUUUACUACCGUUCGAAGCCCCAGGAACCUGACCCUUUUGACGCGGGACUGGCGUUCGAAAGUAUAAGGUCCCAGGGGGCGGCCCUCACCGAGAAGCUGUUCGACAUUACCUCGUCCGUCGUCGACGUCCUCGCCCGCAUCCCCCUCACGCCCUCGAGCCCCAACGGCAUCGGCAUCGGCGCCGAGGACGACCUGAACUACAUCCGCCGCCUCAUCACCCAGCUGCCGGGCGGGCCCGCCAUCUACGACGCCCUGCUCGACAAGCACAUCCAGCAGGCCGUGCCCGACAUGGAGCUGGGCGAGGUCCAGAACCUGUCGGAUUGA